GGGAGGGAAAAUCAAUUUGGGGGAAAGGGUUUUGCUUCCUCUCCUCUCAUGCGCUAUGAAGAGAAGACAUAGCGAUAAAGUCUCGAUUCGUAUCCACAACACCGGCCCACCGUUGAUUUCUCGCUCCACCGGUUCACCCACAGAGUCACUUCACGUCGAAUCAGAUCGUCCGUACACGAUUGGUCGAAGUAUAGCUAACGGGUCAUGCGAUUUCGUCCUCGAUCAUGUCGGAAUCAGUAGAAACCACUGCCAGAUUCUAUUCGAUAGCCAAAGUAGCAAACUUUACGUUUUUGAUGGUGUGAUUCUUUCGAAUUAUUCAGGUGGGUUUAGUCAAUUUUUCAAUGAGGUGGAGAAGGAGGGUUUGAGGUUUAAGGUUUCUUUGAAUGGUGUGUAUGUUAAUCGAGUUAAGGUUAGGAAAGGUAGAGUUCAAGAGGUUUUGGUUGGUGAUGAGGUGCUGUUUGUUUGUGGGAAGGAAGGGUUGUGUUAUAAAGAUGGGCGAGUUGGUUUUGUGGUUCAGGAGAUUUGUUUUGAAGGGAGAGAUGCUUCUGUUUCCGAAGGACAUUCUAGGGGGAGUUUUUCUAGUGGGAAGAGAAGUAAAAGGGUUUUUGCUCCGAUGGAAAAUGAAGUCAGUUCUUUGGUUUCUGGGGUUUGUGGUCGUAAAGCUGUUGGUGGUGUUGUUGAGAGGUUGAACUCUCUUGUAAGCUAUUGUAGACAUGUAUUGAAUAGUGAUGAUCCUGUAUCUUGCCUUAGGGUGUCAGAUUCUGGAAAAGAAUGCGUGUCCUGUUGUACAGGGUUAAGGUUAAAAGGAGGUAUAGUGGCUGAUAAUAGAGAAGUCAGGAGUGAUGAGGAGAAUCAUGAGAUUGGUCAUGGACAGCCAAGCCUACAAUUACAUUUAGGUAGAAGUUUAGCUGUCUCAAACUUGUUUAGCCAAGUAGGAAGUGACGGUGGGGAGAAAGAAAGCAUUUGCGAUAUUAGUUACAUUAAUAAGGAGAGAAGCUAUCAGUGUUCUGUACAAUCACCUGGGAAGAACUUUUAUCUAAAUCGUCUUCAGUAUAUUGAACAUGACCCAACUGGUAGUCAACGGGUGGUUUCUUUGCCAGAACUUCUUCACCCUGUGGAGAGUAUCUCACAAAUCUUUGUUGCAACAUUUACGAGUGAUAUCUUAUGGUUUCUUACCGGCUGUGAGAUACCUAGUCAUUUGCCUGUGACUGUUGCAUGUCACCAUGCUGAGAGAUGUUGGAGCUCAAGCCCUGAUUCAAGAACUUCUGCUCCUUUGCCAAAUUACCCAAAUGUAACUAUGGUGUUUCCACCAUUUCCUGAGGAAAUUGCAUUUGGGAAAGAUAGAAAGAACCGAGGCAUUGCUUGUCAUCACCCCAAGCUGUUUAUUCUGCAAAGAGAAGAUAAUGUGCGUGUAAUUAUUACGUCUGCAAACUUAGUAGCAAGACAGUGGGAUGACGUGACCAACACAGUUUGGUGGCAAGAUUUUCCACGAAGAGCAAACCCUGAUUACUUAUCCCUUUUCAGCCAUUUCAAAAAGGAAACCAAUCGUGGUUUAAGUUCAGAUUUUGGUGCUCAGCUAGCUGGAUUUGCUGCGACACUUUUGUCUGAUGUUCCAAGUCAAGCCCAUUGGAUUCUCGAGUUCACAAAGUACAACUUUGAACACUCAGCAGGUCAUCUUGUCGCUUCAGUGCCCGGAGUUCAUUCUUAUAAGCCCUCUUAUCUUACAGAAUCUGUUCGCUCAAGCACCGCUAUCAAUGAAGAGUUUCUAGGAUCUGUUGAAGCGUCUGUCGUUGGCCUAAGUUACCUUUUCCGUUCUACCAGUGAUUCUACAGGAGCACAACUGAAACGACUGGCUUCAUAUAUUAGCAGAACCCGUGAAAAUUCUUUCGGAAUGUUGGAACUUGUUAUGAGAAGAAACACCAAUGUUCCUGCUGACUUGAAUGCUGUGAGCGUCCUUGUCCCUAAUCCUAAUGAUGAUUCGAGAGACGAGUUUGUCCAGCUAGGCUUUUUGCCGAGGAAUAUUGCAAAAUGGGUUUCACCUCUGUGGGAUAUUGGGUUCUUUAAAUUUGUGGGAUAUGUGUAUCGAGAUGAAGUCCUUGCAGCUGCUUCUUGUAGGAGCAACCAGAAGGUGCAACUGAUGCUGCAUGUAUUACAUGGAGUGUCCAUUUCAGAAAUGUCAAAGUUGAUUCAACCACAUCAUGUUGUUGCGUUGUGCUCGUUGAUUGCUUCACUUCAGAGAUGUACUGGCAUUUGGAGGCUACAAGAGGUGUUAGGCUGUUACAAGUGGCCUGAAUCUCAGGAAUCUGAUUUUAUCUACAGUGCAUCUUCGGUUGGAGGCUCAGUAACUGCAGGAUUUCAAGCUGAUUUUGCAUCAGCUGCUGGUAAAAAAAUGUUACAGCAUUUUGACUCCCAGGAGUCUGAUCCUGAGUGGGGAUGCUGGAGUGCUAGGGAGGAACGAGAAGCUCCUUCCAUUAAAAUCAUCUUCCCUACCAUUGAAAGGGUGAAGAAUGGCCUGCACGGUGUCAUGUCUUCAAGACGUCUGCUCUGCUUCUCCGAUAAAACCUGGCAAAAGUUGAGAUAUAACAAUGUGCUUCACGAUGCAGUUCCUAAUCCUCAGGACAGAGUAGGACACCCGAUGCAUAUCAAGGUGGCUAGAAGACGCUUCACCUCUACUGGUUCAGGGUCUUCUUCAUUUGGUUGGGUUUACUGCGGCUCACAUAAUUUUAGUGCAGCUGCCUGGGGACAAACCAUUUCCAGAUCCUCCAGGACCAACCAGGACCAGUCUUAUAAUGCCACUAGAUCGGUCAGUAAACUUCGUGUGUGCAACUACGAGCUCGGGAUUGUAUUUGUUUUCCCUCCACCUCAUGAAGAAACUGACUCAAAUGAUGGGUCUAAAAUUGAUGACAUUGUGUUGCCGUUUGUUGUACCGGCUCCAAAGUAUGGAUGGAGUGAUAGACCGGCUACAGGUUUGGCUAUGAGGGAAGCUUUGGCUGAGUUCAGGGAAGGGUCUAGAAGUGUCUUUGGAGAAAGUGAAGUUGAGGAAGUAGAGGAGGAAGAAGAAGAUGAGGCUGAAGCUGAAGGAAGAGGAGAGUUUGUUGUAGAAGAAGAGAAGCAAGAAGAGAAGGCUUACGCUGAGGCGUUGUGGAGCCAGGUCGAGUCCUCCCUCAGCUCCUGAAAAAUACUUACAUAUGUAACGUGUAAAAACAUUUGUUGGGAUUAUAAAGGGUAAGAAAUAAAAAUGAUUUUUCUCAUU